UUAUAAUGCCCGAUUAACCAGUUCCGCCAUUCGGGCGUGAAUAUUUUAUAAGAAUAGACGAGAUGAUUUUUACAUGCAUAACCACUAUUUGCAUUUCAUCGGCCUGUUCAAAUAUCCGCCGCUGAUAUUGCAUGCGCACACAAAACUUAAUAAUUGGACACUAUUAUUUCGCUCAAGCGUAAUAAUUUAUGAUCAAUAUAUAAUAAUACGCGUGUGCAUAAUAUAAUAGCAUACAACGUUAAAAUAUAUUUAAGAGAGGGUGUGCUUUCAGCGUUCUUAAAAAUGAUUGCAACGCUUUGUUACGGUUUCAGCAUUUUGGUAAUAAACCCCAUCUUAUUGGUCGAGUUAUGUUCACCAACAAGUCCUAAACCUAAAGGAAGCGUUCCGAGUAGCCCGCAGAUCUCUCCGACUGGAUCGCCAACGACGAAAUCACAUAAACCAGCACGUGAAGUCAUUCAAAGAAAAGAAAUGAUGUUAGUUCCAGUUAAAGGAUAUCGUUUGGAUAAAUCUUCUUAUGUUGAGAUGCCUGUAAUCAGCAUAUUGGACUGUGCUCAUUUCUGUCUCGCGGAAAAUGGUCUUUGUCGAUCAAUCAAUUUCGAAAAGAAGCAAACGACAGAUGGACAUAAUUGUCAGCUGAACAACUCGACGAAAGACAACAACGCAAAAAAUUUCGUGCAAUCGUCACUCUACAACUAUUUUGAACCGAAGCAGGCCAUGUUGAACGGUAAGCCAGUUGGAAUGGAGGAGAUCGAAAAGAUCAGAAACGGAGAAUUAUAAAAAUGCUAUAGCCUAAGAAUAAACCUUGUAUAGGUAGGACGAUGCUGGCACUACAGCUGAUAAGACCAAGACAUUAGAAAAUUAUGCCUUCCUGCGUUCUUUGAGCAAAAAUUACUUUGUAGAACCAAAAACCUGAAUAAAGAAAAAUAUUCAUGUGUUGUACUCUUGCUUUCUUAAGUUUUAUUUUCGAUCAAUGCUUGUUCAACGUUUGUCUUCUAAAA